UGUUAUUUUCCUCGGCAUGGAUGUUGCUAUCUUUUGUUUGGUAAUGUUUGUUGUCGUCUCGCCUACUUACACUCUUGAAGGGGAAAAUAUCUGUUCACAGAAUGUGACAACGGGAAGUAGAGGAGAACUUGAAACAAUAAAGUUAUGCUGUAAGGACUUUGAAGAAAAGAAUAAUAAGUGUGUAGAAUGCAGUCCCGGCUUUUGGGGAUGGAACUGUACUAACAAGUGUCCAAAAUAUCAUUAUGGAAGAAAAUGCUUGACAAAAUGCAGCUGUAAUGAAACGCAAUUUUGUCAUCAUGUGUGUGGAUGCUUGCAACGAUUGGACUUGUAUAAUUCAAACAUGACAAACAAUGAUGCUAGUUUCUUAUUAGAGAACGUGACGUCUUCGCCUUAUGAAGAGGAGUGUCCUUCUACAAACGAUGUGUUAUCAGCUAGCACAGUUUCUACACCGUAUUCACAGUCCCCUAUCGGAAUGCAUCCCCCGGAAUCCAAUUUUAGAAGAUCAUUUCUUAUUGGAGCAGCAAUUGUCACGGGGUUGUGUAUUGUAUUUGGAAUAGGACUGUUAUAUCGGUUGCACUUGGGGAGAAAUAAAGCAGAAUGCCGCGUUCAUCAUAAUAUGGUGUACGAUUUAGGAGAUACAUCAAGGAUUCGAGAAAAUCCAAGUGUACACGAAGAGCCAGCAGAGCCUUUGUAUGGUGAAUGUAGUUACGAGGACACCUACAGUACAUUGGUACUAAGAGUGAACAAUGAAUCUGGUCGGGAACCUAAUACAUCAAGACAGCCAGUCUUUACAGAUGAUGACAAUAUAUAUGAGUUUGCACAUCGUUAUACGUAUCAUAGUGAUGAGGGAGAGCCAACAAACGUGUAUAUUACUGGUAUGACUGAAGACUGUUCGCAUUAACAAAGCUCCGAUCGUCUAUAAAUCGUAUAAGAGUGUUACUCAAAUGUUGAUAAGUAAAUAGAAAGAUUUAUAACUUAUCUUUACUUAAAGAAAAUUAUGAUGGACAGAGGGAACAAAAAAUCAGUUUAACUACGGUUCAAAGUUUAUCUAACACAGUAUCGUAUUCAUUUAGGGUUGUUCACACGAAAAACGUUUUUUUUAAAUCUAUACCAC